AUGGCGUCCGCCUCGGCCCAGGCGGCGGCCCUGAGCGCCGAGCAGGCCAAGGUGGUCCUGGCCGAGGUGAUCCAGGCGUUCUCGGCCCCGGAGAACGCCGUGCGCAUGGACGAGGCCCGGGACAACGCGUGCAACGACAUGGGCAAGAUGCUGCAGUUCGUGCUGCCCGUGGCCACGCAGAUCCAGCAGGAGGUCAUCAAGGCCUACGGCUUCAGCUGCGACGGGGAAGGUGUCCUGAAGUUUGCCCGCUUGGUCAAGUCUUACGAAGCCCAGGAUCCUGAGAUUGCCAGCCUGUCGGGCAAGCUGAAGGCACUGUUCCUGCCGCCUAUGACACUGCCACCCCAUGGGCCUGCGUCAGGGGGCAGCGUCGCCGCCUCCUGA